CACCACAGGUGAGAAUGAUGCCAGCCAGGUCAGGAGUUUUCUGUUUAGCUGUGAGAGAUGUGGAAACCAAGAGAGAUGUUGAAGCUAGAUCCUGACAGAGAUGGCUUAGUUUGUGAGUGGAAGACACAGGUCAAGAGAUGAUAACUUCAGAGGGAGUUGAAGACACAGCCUUAGAGAAGCUCCUGAAAGCUGACAAGUCACCUGUGGAUGAGGAUGUGCCAAAGCCCAAGGCGGUCAGAGAUCUGAGGUCUGGGUAUGCCCGAUUUGACUUCCACCCACGGCUCCUGGAGACACGGUCACGCUCUGCCUCAGCCCCACCACAGAGAAAGCCGGAACCUGAAGCAAAUGCUGAGGACAUAUGGGGUGCCACAGGCUAUGUCGUCCUUUCCUCUGUCGCUGCUGCCAUAGGAGGACUCUUGUUUGGGUAUGAUGUUGGGAUUGUAUCGGGCGCCAUUUUGCAGCUGCGUCGCCCAGAUGUAUUUAACUUGUCCUGUCUGCUCCAAGAACUGGUGGUCAGUUCCAUGUUGCUGGGUGCUGUCCUUGGAUCACUCUGUGGAGGAUUCAUGGUAGAUCGGUUUGGGCGGAAAGUGACGAUCAUAUUCAAUGCUGUUGUGUUCAUCUUAGGGGCCAUAACUCUGGCAGCUGCCCCCAAUUACUCAUUACUGAUCGUGGGUCGUGUUAUUGUUGGCUUUGGUGUGUCUGUGUCAGCAAUAGGAGAGUGUAUAUACAUCUCAGAGAUAGCUCCUCCUACAAAACGAGGUCUCCUGGUGUCCCUAAAUGAGCUUGGGAUCACACUUGGUGUCCUUUUGGCUUACCUGGUGAACUAUAUCUUUAUCGACCGGAAUGAUGGCUGGCGGUACAUGUUUGGCCUGUCCAUCAUACCAGCAGCUGUACAGGGGGUGGCUAUGCUGUGUCUGCCCAAGAGCCCUAGAUACCUUAUGUUGGCUCAGAAAGAAGCAGAGGCAGAAAAAAUUCUCCAGAAGAUCAGAAGAAAGCAGGACGUGUCCAUUGAGCUUACCACCAUAAGACUGUCCAUUUUGUCUGAAAAGAACCGCACACUUUGCGAGCUGUUUGGAAAGAAGUUUAAUAUGAGAGGUAGAAUGUUGAUAGGCGCUGGACUUGUAUUCUUCCAACAGGCAACUGGUCAGCCAAAUGUUCUGUAUUAUGCACCAACCAUUUUCAAGGCAGUUGGUUUCCAUAGUGAUACAGCAGCUACUUUAGCAACAGUUGGUGUGGGAGCAGUAAAGGUUAUUGCCACGGUGAUCUCUUUGAUGUUAGUGGAUAAAGUGGGUCGUCGGAAGUUGCUAGUCACUGGUGCAUCUGUAAUGGCAUUAGCCACUCUGACCCUGGGAGUAUUAACAGACAUAGACCCAGACACAGCCAUGUUGAACCCCUGUAGGGAUCUCAACACCAGCGCCUCGGAUAAUACCACAAGUCUCCAUCUCACCCAGCCCUAUAACCUCACCCAUCCCCUGACUGGGGGCUCCUGGCCCUCACCCCACUCAUCCUAUCUGGACCUGAGCACCACAGGCCUAACUCCCCACUCAUCCUCAGACUUGUCCCUGUGGAGUGAGGUUAUAAAUAGUAGCUUUGCUAACUCCACCUCACCAAACCUCCAUCCUAACCCUACCCCCAGCGAGAUGCCUAUGGCUGCCAGGUAUGCCUCACUGGCUGCCCUCAUGCUCUUCUGUGGAGCCUAUGGACUAAGCUUUGGCCCAGUGACAUGGCUGGUUUUGAGCGAGAUUUACCCAGCUGCUGUGAAGGGACGGGCAAUUGCCUUAGCUACAGUUCUUAACUGGGGCACAAACCUGGUGGUAUCCCUUACCUUCCUGAAUCUCAUGGAUUUACUCAGUGUGGGAGGAACAUUUCUGAUGUACAGUGGAAUCUGCUGUGCAUCUGUGUUAUUUAUUCUCAUCUUUCUUCUGGAGACGAAGGGACGUAGUUUAGAGCAGAUCUCAGAGGAUAUGAAAAACAGUUCUCCAGGAAACAAAGUCCGUCUUGCUUGGCAGAAGAUUCAGUGCUGUGGAGGUCACAAAAGCAACUUAGAGGUUCCCGCCGGUGAAUAUAUACAGGUGCCUCUGACGGAUAUGGACACAGGCAUAACAUGAUGAUGUCGGACUUUCCCAACCUGCCUGUGAUACUACAUCACUCUACGUUUUUAUUCACACAGGAGAUACAUUGGAACAGUGAUCAACCCUCAUACUUAAGCAUGGAGAUGUGAAGCAACUGGUUUUUAUACACACAGGAGAUACAUUGGAACAGUGAUCAACCCUCAUACUUAAGCAUGGAGAUGUGAAGCAACUGGUUUUUAUACACACAGGAGAUACAUUGGAACAGUGAUCAACCCUCAUACUUAAGCAUGGAGAUGUGAAGCAACUGGUUUUUAUACACACAGGAGAUACAUUGGAACAGUGAUCAACCCUCAUACUUAAGCAUGGAGAUGUGAAGCAACUGGUU